CAGGAUUAAACAUUGCGAGCAAAAAGGUUCAUAACUCAAAGCAAGGGUAGCGUGAAGUCAUCAAUGUCAAAACAAAGGUUGGAGGGUAAGGUAGCUAUAGUGACUGGGGCAGCAAGUGGAAUAGGAGCAGAAGCAGUAAAGAUAUUUGUGGAAAAUGGAGCAUUUGUAGUCAUAGCAGAUAUCAAUGAUGAAUUGGGUCACCAACUUGCAACUUCAAUUGGGUUAGACAAAGUGAGUUACCACCACUGUGACGUGAGAGAGGAGAAACAAGUUGAGGAAAUUGUUGCUUUCACGUUGGAGAGAUAUGGUACCUUAGACAUCAUGUUCAGCAAUGCUGGUAACGCUGGUCCUUUAUCUAGCAUACUAGAAUUUAACCUAAAUGAAUUUGACAACACCAUGGCUGUGAACAUUCGUGGUGCAGCUGCAACUAUCAAGCAUGCUUCACGUGUAAUGGUGGAAAGAAAAAUACGAGGAUCAAUAAUUUGCACAGCCAGUGUAGCUGGUUUUGUUGGUAGAUGUGCAGGACAUGAUUAUACAGCAUCAAAACAUGGUCUUAUAGGCCUUGUUAGGUCAGCAUGCGGUGAGCUUGGAGCUUAUGGAAUCAGAGUCAAUUCAAUCUCACCCUAUGCUGUUGCUACACCUCUUGCAUGUAGAGCACUGGACAUGGUGCCGAGUGAAGUUGAAGCUGUUGGCCUUGAUUAUGCUAAUUUGCAGGGAAUUACAUUGAAGGCUGCUCAUAUUGCAGAGACUGCUUUGUUUCUUGCAUCUGAUGAAUCUGCUUAUAUUAGUGGACACAACUUGGUCGUUGAUGGAGGCUUCUCAGUCAUUAACCGGUGUCUUCCUAGUAUUAAAAAACAAUAACUCAUCGUUAUCUUUCUACCACUUUCUCUAUCAUUCACUCUUUUAUUUGUUGAAGCUCAUGUGCGUUUGUAUUCUCAUUUUAUAUGAGAUUUAUUUUCUAAGUGUGAAACUUACAUAUAUUUUCAUGGAGAAAUAAUGUUAACGAGAGUGUUCAUAACACUCCUUAAAAAAUAAACUAUGUGAUUUGGAAUUAUAAUGAAAUAAACGUUUUUUUA